CUUCAUAUAAAAUUAACAAAAUAGGCAAAUUCUAUAAAAAUGCAGAAAUUUAGUUCACAAGAAAAGUAUUUAAUUGCCAACACUCUCAACUGUUGGCCUGUGAUGCUGCAAGGACACUCUGUGCUGAUGGACCUACGAAAUGAGACUUCUGUGGCUGGAGUUGUCGAUAUAGCCGACGGACACAUGACUUGUGAGCUCUCAAAUGCCGUUCUCAUUGAUCGCAAUGGCGGGCAACAUCCUUUCGACAAUUUUAUGGUUCGAAAUCGCAUGAUCCGGCAAAUUCACAUCCCGACGGACAUUGAUGUGGCGCAAGAGCUACGCCAGGCAAUGGAACAUGGUGUCUUGCGAAGAAAUCGUGUGGACGGAAGGAAUACCAAGCGCACCUUUAAGCAGAAGCGAGCCGAGAUUAGACACAAGGAGACUCUAGAGAUGAUAGCCCAACAGAGAUCCGAAAAAGAACAAAACCAAUCUAAUAUUCAAUGAAAAGCCUAUUAAACAUUUA